GCCAAGCAGUCAGCCUGUCUAGCCUUGGCAUAUGCAACCCCCAAGCUUCAUCUCAUCCACGAUCUCUUGGCUUUUGCAUUCUUCUGGUCCCGCUCUCGAGCUUGCUAUCGCGAUCCCGACUCGGUCGGACGCCGCCAGCGCGCAGCCCGACCCAUCGUACGCGUGCGCGCCCUUGUUGGACUCUGCCCGACCUUCCCGUGUCGCAUGGGCACCGGUCGACGCGGCCACCCAGCACCCGACGCUCGAACCCGAUCCCGAUCGCUGGACCAGUCGCCCCCCCCCUCCCAUCUCGCAGACGCCGCUUCCCGAACGUGCCAAACACGUAUCCGCAUUUGCAUAUUCGUUUGUUUGCCAAGGCAACAAGCAUAGAUGGGCUUCUCGAAGAAGCCAGCCGACAACCGCGCCGCCGACCCUGCCCCCGCGUCCGCGUCUGCCUCCCAGGAACCGUCGUCGAACAGCAGCCUCUCGUUCUUCUCGCGUUUCACCCUGCCCCUCCGGUCGCGUGCCCGCUACGUUGCCGACUUCCACAUCCGCCCGGCCGAGCCCCAUCGCAAGUAUGGCGCGGGUGACCAGGUACAGGGCGCCGUUGUCCUGACUGUCGUCAAGCCCGUCCGCAUCACACACCUGGUCGUGUCGCUCCACGGCCACAUGCGCGUCUACAAGGGCCUAAACAUACCCUCGAACGAACCCAUAAUUGAUCCCGCUGAGGCUUUGACCACGUCGAGCCGCAGUUCGCGUCAUAAAAAUCUUGGCAACGGCUGCGUGAGAUUGUUCCAGGAUGAGCAGACCCUCAGCGGCGAUGGGAGGCUCGAGCCGGGCAAAUACGAGUUCAAUUUCAACCUCCUCUUCCCAACAAGUGGGUUACCGAGCAGUAUUGAUUUCGAGCGUGGGACCAUAUCCUACAUGAUCACGGCGACUUUGACGCGUCCGACAUCCAUAGGCACCAAAACACCGCCUAAAACGAGUUGCGAGCGAAAACUCUACCUCGUUGAGAAGCUCGACAUUGGAUCCCUAGCCCCACCACGGCCGCGUACUAUCUACCUCGAGCCCAUCUCCAAACGGCCCAAAAAGAAGAAGCAGGCUGCCCUCAGUGCAGAAAAGGGUUCCGUCACAACGGACGCAACCGCGCCAACGUCUGAUCCCGACUCCGCUCGGGCGAACGAGAACUCCACCGAAGGCUCUUUAUCCGUGAUCGGCGAAGACCUAGAACAGGAGCUGACAGGCAACAAUCCUCGAAGCCCGCAAAGCGACGUUCGGAGUGUGAGUAGCGAGAGCGCCGUUAGUGGCAGCACUAGUCAAAGCAAAGUUGGAGAUGCAAACUAUGCGGUAGCCGCGGCCCCUUCGCUCGCCGGGAAGAAAACCCCCGCUGUGAAGGAACGGACGAUCACAGCAACCGUUGAGCUACCAAAAGGUGGUUGCCUUCGGGGAGACAUGGUGCCGAUCAAGAUAUCUGUGCAGCACAUCAGACGGAUCAAGAGCAUGCACGGUGUCAUCGUCACCCUAUACAGGUUGGGGCGCAUAGAUUCGUCGCCGCCGUUGCUCUCCAAAGAGCUGCCCGAAGCUGACGCUCGGCGGCUGGAGAAAGAGGAGUACUACCCUAGGUCCAAGACAGGACUGGGCGGUCUCUCUCUAUCCUCGGCAGGUUCCUGCAGCGUGUUCCGAAAGGACCUGUCACAGGCCUUUGCCCCGUUGAUUAUCGACCCGGACACUCUCACUGCGAGUCUCACCGCCUCGGUGCGGGUGCCUGAAGAUGUCUUUCCCACCAUCAAAGGCGCUCCGUACGAAAUGAUCUCGUUCAAGUACCAUGUCGAGGUGAUUGUCGAUCUGGGUGGAAAGCUGGCUAAUCAAAUACACGGCAUCAAGCCGUCUGGCACCAGAGUGAGUCCCGUGGCGGGUCCCCUCGGCCUAACGGGCAAUCCGUACGAAAGCGGUCCCGCCACCAUGACCUCUUGGAACACGAGCAUCAUCGACACAGACAGGCUCCGACGUCAAAAGGGUGUCAUCUGUGUUGUGUUUGAAGUCGUCGUGGGGACAGCAGACAGCAGUCGACUGCGCGCGAAAGGGCCGAUGAGGCCGGAGUCUUUUAUCCACACCGUGCCAGUCCAGGAAACUGAUAUGUACGAUGGCGAUAUGAACGAGAAACAAACAUGGUCGAAUGCUCCCGAGGACAGCAACGGCUACCCGCCAGAUGACUACCCUCAGGACUACGCCCCGUCACCCCACAUCCAACCGCCUCAACCUUACCCUUACUGGGAAACCUCUUCGCCGCAGCAUUCACCUGCUCCCCACUACAUCCCUCCUCCAGAUAUCCCAGAUGAAAUCCAUCUCACCGACAAAGAGCGCAUCAGACGUGCCGAGCAGCGACUGCUCCCCAGCCAGCCACCAGAAGCCCCCGCUGCAGACCAUUCCAGUUCACAUCUGGCCAACGGCGAGAACAUCUAUGACGCCGACGACCAAAUAUUAACGCCUGUCGCGGGCCCGUCGCAUGACCCACAACCGUCUAAUCCAACGCGAGAGGAUCAUCUCGACGCGCCGUCAGCACCAGCGCUUGAGGAUCUCUCCCCCGCCACCGACGUCCAUACGAAUGAAGAUAAGCAGGAGCUCGAGAGACGCCGGCUGCUUGCCGAAGCCGGCGCGCCGCCCGAGUGCCCCGAGGAUUACGACGCCGGGGGGAGCAGCAACGCCGCGGCAUCAGCACCAGCAGCCGAGCCGAGUGCUCCCACUAGCCACGAUCUGCAACCUUCGGCCCCCGUGCUGGAGGAUGAGGACGCCUAUGGGCUGCAUUACGCUUACGGUACGGCCGGAGCAAAUACCUUGCCAAUACCAGCACCGAGGAAUAUCGCAGAGCCGGAGGAGCCGUUGCCGAAAUACGAGCGGUGAUGUAUGGACUAUCCAGGUUUGGAAAAGGAACGCUGUGCUUGGGAUCCCGAAUCAACUUUGGAUACCAACGAGGAAGGAGAAAAGAGGAACAAUGUGUGGUGACGAUAGUGUAUAUUGUAAUGAACUGCAGGAACGGUGGUAUAUACCUUCUCAUGUUUUUGGGGUCUCACGACGGGGCGGUGAUUUGCAUCCAAAGGGCAGUAGGUUCUGAGGAACGACGUAAUAAAAGCCAUUCGGCUUGGCUUUCGCCGUGUUCUCGAAUGAAGUAUGCGCUGCUGAAAACGAGGGUAUCUAUCUAUCAGACUCCAAAAACGAAGCAAUGUCAACGCCAGCGAUGUAAAACCCCUCCCCAGCUUGAGU